AUGAGAGCGCGACCAACUCAAUCCCAGGUGCAAGUAUGCAUUUCUGUGAUAUUGGUUGUGGCUACAUUGGUGUCGUUUACGGAUGCCGUUUGCCCAACCUCUUCCACUUGGCGUGAUCCAGCACCCUCUGCUAAUGGCCCUGCUUCACCGCCACUUUCCACAACGACUACACCCGUAGUCUUUAACCUGCCAUCCUACAACGACUGGAACUACAACAGUUGGUAUGGAGGAUUGUCCAGCUUCAGCCAGCUGCCCGCCGGCGCCACAUCCAACGGCGUCAAUGUUGGAGGUGCCCUACAGGCCGCCCACGUCUCGUGGCAGGGCGCGGACACCAUCCUCAUGUCCAUGUCGAUGGACUAUUACUGGCGCAAGAACCAUCCCUACAGCAUGUCGCUGGAUGUCCUGACCUCUCGCGAUGGACUCGCUGUCAACAUGUCCGUGUGCGCAUUCCCCUCGUACAAUGUGACCCGCGGCAAGGGAUGGUACGAAGACGGCGUGCUCAAUGCUGUCAUAUGUUUCCCAUUCACUCAGACUGGCAACAACCUGGCCAAGAGCACCGCAUGGACGUCCGUGACUACCACAUUCACCCCAACUGCCGACAUCCCAAUCACACCAAUCGCCGUGUACAUGGUAACUGCUCCCGAUGAGAACCCUUCAUCACUCUACUUCAAGAACAUGAAGUUCACUGCACUCUCCGCACCAUACGUCGCACCCACCCAGCUCACUAAGGCAUCAGAGCUGGUCAACCUGCGCAAGCCAACGACUGGCCUCACUGCCCAGAACCGCGCCACAUGUCCCCAUCUCCAGACCGGUUUGCUGCACUGGCACAACCCACUCACAUGGGGUGGCGUCGUCCCAUCACCAUCAUCCGUGAUCACACUCCCCGCCAACAGCAAGGUCUUGAUCUCAUCGUGCUCCCUCGUUCCAGGCGCCGUGUACAAGAAGAUCGUGGUGCCCGCUACCAGUCAGCUGAUCUUCUCGGACUCCACAUACUCCAUGACCAUACAGGACAUUGACGUUCGCGGCCAGCUAAUCAUGGGCAGCAGCACAUGCAGGAUGAAUGGUAACAUCGAGAUUGUGUUCAGUGGUCAAUACACCACGAAUGAUACGAUCGCACCAAAGAUGGGCAGCAAGGGUAUUGCAGUGGCCAAGGGUGGAUACAUCAGUGUCCAGGGCAAGCAGUACUAUAAGACAUGGUCGCGUCUCGCCGCCCAUGCGUACGCCUACGAAUCAAUCAUCUACCUCCAGGACACUGUCAACUGGGAGCCGGGCCAAAAGGUGUUCAUCACGACCUCCAAGUACAAGGAUGAGCUCAACAAUCAGAACGAGGUGCGUGUCAUCCGUUCAGUCUCGGGCAACAUCGUCGAGUUCACCGAGCCCUUGAAGUUCUUCCAUUAUGGUGGACAGGAGUAUCAGGCCGAGGUGGGACUAUUGUCUCGUCGCAUUGUGUUCCGUGGCGCCAACGACUCGGAUGCCAAUCAGUUUGGUGGCCACGUCCUGACAAUGAGCAAUGGACAAUUUGCUGGAAUUGAGUUGAUCAAGAUGGGCCAAACCAAUCUGCGUGGACGCUACCCACUCCACUUCCAUCUGGCAGGCGUGGUGAACAACUCAUACAUCUCAGACUGCUCGACACACGACACAUUCUACCGCUGCUACACGAUCCAUGGCACCAACAACCUGUUGCUCACACAGAAUGUCGCCUUCAAUGCCAUCGGACAUUGUUACUACAUUGAGGAUGGAGUCGAAGAGAACAACACCAUCUCAUUCAAUCUUGCUGCGUCCGUCCACACCAUUGGUCGCCCGGCCAACGGUGCCGCCGAGAAUGGCCAGAGUGGCGAGACAAUCCAACAGUCGCCCACCCUCACCCAACCCGCCGACGCGGCAGCCGGAUGCUUCUACAUCACCAACGCGUACAACCGUAUCGUUGGCAAUGCUGCCUCUGGUGGAUGGGCUUCUUACUCAUUCCCCAACCUCGCAACACCCGUUGGUGCAUUCAGGAACUCGACCAACAUCAAGCCCGAAGCCAGGACCACAUUGGAGUUUGACGGUAACAGCGCUCAUUCGGCUGGCUACUUCUUUGAGGCGUUUGGAGCAUGUGUCUACUGUGGAGGACGCCUGUACUACGACUCUGACUCAACUGAUCAGCUCACCUACAUCUCGGGUCGCCAGGCUAGAGAGACGCGCGAUGCCAACGGCAACAUGGUAUGGAUGCGCUGGACUAACUUGCGUGUGUCUCAGUGCCGUGGCGGCCUGGGCCACUGGGGCAACCAGAUCGAGGUGGACGGCUACGAGUCUCAGGACAACGAGAUCUCGGGAUCCCUCUUUGGCUACGCCUGGAUGAACAACGCCAUUGUGAACGCCUUCUCCAACAAUCCAGUGGACCUGCGUCGCAGCGUCUACUACGAGACAUUGAAGCGCCAGGGCUUCCAGUUCUACGACACAAUCACCCACACGAUCCUCUCCAACAUCAACUUCCGCAACUUCCAGCACGACGCCACCGCCGAGAACCCCGAGCGCGACAACGCCGUCUUUGUGUCGAUGACGUACAGCGAUCGCUUCAAGCCACAACAGAUCUCAGCCACGCGCAACAUCACCUUUACCAACGUGCAGCUCUCCCAGCGCCUCGGCCUCAACAUCAUUGAGACGAGUGCCAGUCGAUAUUUCAACCUCAUCGACUGGGAUGGUUCCGUCGUCGGCCAGUCCACACCCCAGAUCCUCGGCUCGUACCUCACCACUUGGUGGAACUAUGACGCCGCGUGCCAGGUCAGCAGUGUGUUCCGCGUCUACUACUGUCCCAAGGGUAGCGCAGUGAUUGGAGACAUUGUGUUCAUGUCGCCAGGCCUCACAUACAAUGACGAGGACAACUACGUCAUCCUUGGCAACUCAACAUUGUUUGGACCCAACCUCCCACCUGGCGGUCAGACUGCAUUCAUCACCAACAACCCGGGAAUCACAGGCAUUCUCAACCUGGGCUGGUAUCUCAACUUUGACAACUUGGUGUCGGCCAAAUCAUUCGUGAUCGACAUUCGCCAGAUACCCUAUGGCACCUACAUCCUGCUAGCCUUGCCAUACCCUGCCGGUACAACCUUUAGUGGCAGGGCUGCACGUGACUGGGGCACUCAGUACAACACCACUUUGGUGCAGGCCAGUUCCCAGGCUGCUGUCCUAGCUGGAAAUGGCUAUCUCUACUACUUUGAUGGCGGCAACCUCUUCAUCAAGUUGACCAACCCUCUCAACACUGGCGCACCCAUCGAGUCCUUUGCCAGAGGUGGUGUAUCAAUUCAUGACUUGUGCUGGGAGUACAGCUACUAUGUAACAGCCACAUGUCCAACUGCAGAUUGUAAGCGUACUGUUCCAGGAGUACUUCCAACAUGGUCCACCUAA